CUUUCAUACUUUAAUUCGUAAUCUCUGUUAAUUCUAUCAUAAAAGAGAUCGUGAAAGAUUGUACUUAUGUAUGACGAUGUAGUUUGUAUUACUCUGUAAUGAUCAUUCUUAAAAAUAUUAAAUACGCUUAAACAAUUAUUCGAAUUUACAACGACAUGACAAUAUUGGAAAUUGGUUAAUUUAUAAUAUCAGUAUUAAAAUAUUGAAUAGUGUCAUUAUUUUCAAAAAUGUUCAGGCGAAAUAGGUUAAAACAUAAAAUGAUUUGCAUUGGUACUAUUAUAUUAGCCACUAUAAUUUAUAAUGAAUAUUUUGUGUAUGAAAUACAAAAAUUUAAGUGGGCUUUAAGAGACUGUAAAGACUGUGUUAAAGUACUUCUUGUGGCAGAUCCACAAAUAUUAGGAGAGAAAAAUGAGAAUUAUAUGGGUUCGUGGUUAGCGAGAUGGGAUAGCGAUAGGUACUUAGAGAAAACCUUUUCAAGAGCUUUAAGGUACUCUCAACCACAUGUGAUAGUAUUUCUUGGAGAUCUCAUGGAUGAAGGACAUAUUGCAAAUGUAGAAAAAUUUAAUCAAUAUAAAAAGAGGUUGGAUUCUAUAUUUCAAACUCCUGACAAUAUCAUGAAAAUCUAUUUACCUGGUGACAAUGAUAUUGGGGGAGAAGAAGAUAAAGUCUCCACAAAUAUUCAUAACAGAUUUCAUUAUGCAUACAGUCAGCCUGACGUAUUAGUUUAUAAACGUGUUACAUUUUUUAAGAUAAAUAGAUUGACUCAUUUUAUGCCAGAAGCUCCUAAAGAUGCAUUUCUUAAUGAUUAUACAGAAAGAAAUACAACCAAUGUUGUACUGAGUCAUAUGCCAUUGUUAUUUAUGCCAGGAAGUUUUGUACAAAAUAUUAUCAAAGAAUUAUCGCCGCAAAUUAUUUUUACUGCGCAUGAACAUAAAGCAUUACAUAUUAGUUUGGAUACAGCCACAGAUCAAUUAAGCGAAGUUUGGAUUCUCCCACCUCAUGAAACACCUUUGUAUCAGUUAAGAAUGGAUGUAGGUGAUAUCCAUGAAGUUCAAAUACCAACAUGCUCUUAUAGAAUGGGCGCUCAAAAUAUGGGUUAUGGAAUUGCAUAUAUUGAUACUCAAGAAAAAAUUGUAGAAUUUACAAUUCUAUGGUUACCAAAUAGGUUUCUGCAGCUGAAGACUUAUAUUUUUAUUAUAAUAUUAAUGGUUUUGUUACUAUUGUGUUCUUGUAUGUGCAGUCAUUGCUCUAAAACUUAUACAACAUACAAUCGUAUACCCACCAUUUCACAGUACAGUAAAUCGUAAAAGAUGUUGAUGUUAAGAAUCUGAUUAGUACUUAUUUAGUGACAGUAAUCCGUCCAAAUAAUGUGAUUGUUCUAUUAUCCAUUGAAUAUUUUAAACAAAAUUUCAUCGAAAUCAAAAAUAUUAAUAUUUCGCUUUAUUCUAAUAAUCAACGAUGAAAAUUUUAAUUUUAUUUAAUGUAUCAAGGGUUUCUCAAAGUUCCUUUAUUAUAUAAUAUAAAUAUACAUACGUGCCUGUAUCAGUGUUAUGCACGUUCGUUAUUAUGUACUUGUGUAACACUAGUACAAAGCUUUCACAAUGCCAAGAAAAUUAUAUCGAUUAAUAUUUUUCUUAUAUAAACAAUUUAAGAAGUGUUACUGUACAUAAAAUUAUAUUUAAAUAUUCAAUAAAAAUUCAAUAAUCAUAAAUUGGACACACAUAUAUAUACA